CUCCCGGUGGGCGGGUCUCUUUCCUGUCUCGGAUGGAUCAGAUGAUUCGGCUGCAGCGGACUGGUCUGCUCUCAGAAAAUGGAGGUGAAUGAGUGUCAUCAGGACCGCCUGCAGCUCCUCGCGGAGAAGCGGAAGUGGCAGACAGAGAUUGAGAACAAGAGGCGGCAGCUUGAGACGACAGGAGAGCUCUGCAGUCACACUGAAGUCCAAGGCUCUAAGGGAGCGCUGGCUGCUGGAUGGACCCCCAACUGCUGGACCACAACAUGAUGAGGUCAAGAGACAACUGGAGCAGGAUGAGGACAAGACCCGAAACCUUGAGAAGACCAUUAGCAGGUUGGAGCAGGAACUAGUAACCCUGGAAACUGGAGUGUGUCCAACAAAUACACACUCUAAGGUCACUUCAGACUCAGUUGUUGAGGGCAAAGGUCACAGCAACCAUCAAAUGGGUGGAGCUUCAACGUCAGAACACGUGGUCCAAGACAUUUCAGAGGUCAGAGUUCACAAAAGUCCUCAAGUGACCAAAGCCAGACCAAUGGACGAGAUGAAGAAAGCCAUGUACUCUGUGGAGAUAAAGGUGGAGCGGGACAGAGUGACGGGCGAGACCAGGGUUCUGUCCACUAACACCACACUUCCUGUUGACCUGUCCCACUACGCCGUCAAAGUUUAUGAAGACGAGCAGAAAGUGGUCCACGAGAUGAAUGGCGAAGACGGCGUCCACCUGCUCAGCUGCUCUGAGGUCGAAGAGCUCAUCCACAAAGCUGACGAAGCGUCAAUGAUGUCACAAGCCGUCACCACGGUGACCUCACUCCCAACAACAGAAGUCCAGGAGGAGGCAGGUCCCGAGCCAGACAUCGAACCUGAACCGAGUUCCCAACAGGGUCCCGAACUGGCACCACAGGUCGCGGCAGAGAUCAGGGGACUGGAAACCAGAGCACACGGCGAGCUGAGUGUGGCGGAGGCCAGCGAAGAGAACCCAGUCAUCAUGGUCUUCAUGGGAUACCAGAGCGUGGAGGAUGAGGAUGAAACCAAAAGGGUUCUGGGGCUGCAGGGGACGGUAAAGGCUGAGCUGGUGCUCAUUGAUGACACUGAUGGGAAGGUAGAUCCACCUCCUCCCUCCUCCACCGUCCCGCCCACCUCCACCACCCUGACCACUUCCACCGCCCCCCCUGCAUCCUACACUUCGCCUACUUUCACCCCCCUCUCUGCAUCGGAUGUCCCGCCCACCUCCUCCAAACCUGCAGAGGCGAUGACGAGCAACGGGGAGACGGGAGGGGAGGCGGAGGGAGGCAUGGUGGAGGUGGAGAAGGACAAACAGCCGUGUAAGUGCUGCAGCAUCAUGUGAGAAAACAAAAUGGCUGGAGAUUGACUCCACCCACUGCCCCAUCCACCCGCUUCUAACCACAUGACAUCACUUCCUGUCUUCUUAUGGUCACCACUUUUAUAAAAAAAAUGUUUUUUACUUUUUCUAUUUUCCUGAUCCUUUUACUUUUUUACCCUUCCUGUUUUAGACAAGGUGCCUCAGAUUAGCAUAAAUAUUAGCAUAUAUCUGCACAUUCUCUGAGCUCAUACACCUACACAGGCCUGUCUGUCUGUACCUGUCCUGCUGCAGUCUCUGUCUGAUGCUCCUUCAGCUUUCUAAAAGGAAAUUAAAGGUUGUCCAGCCACCUCGA